AUGGUUGAGGAAGAUGGCAGUAUAGGAAGAGAGAUUAAACACCGAAUUCAAUGUGGAUGGAAUAAUUGGAGAAAGGUUUCGGGAGUGAUCUGCGACAAGAGAGUGCCUGUAAAGUUGAAGGGAAAGGUGCAUAAGUCUGUGGUCAGACUAGCUAUGACCUAUGGUUUAGAAAAUGCACCUCUGAGGAAAGUUGAAGAAAGAAAAUUGGAUGUUGCUGAAAUGAAAAUGUUCAGAUGGAUGGUGGGGGUAACAAAGAUGGACUGCAUACGGAAUAACUAUGUAAGAGGAUCACUUAAGGUAACAGAAAUAUCAAAGAAUUUUCAGGAAUCAAGACUGCGAUGGUAUGGACACUUGCUAAGAAGAAACGAAGAUCAUAUGGGAAGACAGGCAAUGGAGAUGGAAAUAGAGGGAAACAGACCAAGAGGAAGGCCUAAGACCAGAUGGAAGGAUGUUCAAAAAAAUAUGAGGGAGAAACAUCUAGACGAGGCAGAGGCAUUGGACAGAGUUCUAUGGAGAAAUCUCAUCAGAAAUGGCGACCCCGAGUAG